AUGAGGGGCUGUGCAUUCGGCCAGGCCCAUCAAGUGCAGAUGAGGGGCUGUGCAUUCGGCCAGGCCCAUCAAGUGCAGAUGAGGGGCUGUGCAUUCGGCCAGGCCCAUCAAGUGCAGACGAGAGGCAGUGCAUUCGGCCAGGCACAUCAAGUGCAGACGACAGGUAGUGCGUUCGGCCAGGCCCAUCAAGUGCAGACGACUGGUAGAGCGUUCGGCCAGGCCUAUCAAGUGCAGUCGCGAUCAGUGGUUUCGGCCAGGCCGAUCAAGUGCAGUUGUGGGGAAAGGUGGUCGGCCAUGCCCAUCAAGUGCAGUUGUGGGGCAACCCAUCGUGUGCUGCCAUCAGGCAGUGUGGUCCGCCAGGCCCAUCAAGUGCAGACGAGAGGCAGUGCGAUCGGCCAGGCCCAUCAAGUGCAGACGGGAGGCAGUGCGUUCGGCCAGGCCCAUCAAGGGCAGACGGGAGGCAGUGCGUUCGGCCAGGCCCAUCAAGUGCAGACGGGAGGCAGUGCGUUCGGCCAGGGGGCGUUCGGCCAGGCCCAUCAAGUGCAGACGGGAGGCAGUGCGUUCGGCCAGGCCCAUCAAGUGCAGCCGCCAUCAAGUGCAGACAAGAGGCAGUGCGAUCGGCCAGGCCCAUCAAGUGCAGACGAGAGGCAGUCCGUUCGGCCCGGCCCAUCAAGUGCAGACGAGAGGCAAUCCGUUCGGCCCGGCCCAGCAAGUGCAGAUGAGAGGCAGUGCAUUCGGCCAAUCCCAUCAAGUGCAUACGAGAGGCAGUGCAUUCGGCCAAUCCCAUCAAGUGCAGACGAGAGGCAGUGUAUUCGGCCAGGCCCAUCAGGUGCAGAUGACGGGCUGUGCAUUCGGCCAGGCCCAUCAAGUGCAGACGAGAGGCAGUGCAUUCGACCAGGCCCAUCAAGUACAGACGACAGGCCAUCAAGUGCAGACAAGAGGCAGUGCGAUCGGCCAGGCCCAUCAAGUGCAGACGAGAGGCAGUCCGUUCGGCCCGGCCCAUCAAGUGCAGACGAGAGGCAAUCCGUUCGGCCCGGCCCAGCAAGUGCAGAUGAGAGGCAGUGCAUUCGGCCAAUCCCAUCAAGUGCAUACGAGAGGCAGUGCAUUCGGCCAAUCCCAUCAAGUGCAGACGAGAGGCAGUGUAUUCGGCCAGGCCCAUCAGGUGCAGAUGACGGGCUGUGCAUUCGGCCAGGCCCAUCAAGUGCAGACGAGAGGCAGUGCAUUCGACCAGGCCCAUCAAGUACAGACGACAGGCCAUCAAGUGCAGACAAGAGGCAGUGCGAUCGGCCAGGCCCAUCAAGUGCAGACGAGAGGCAGUCCGUUCGGCCCGGCCCAUCAAGUGCAGACGAGAGGCAAUCCGUUCGGCCCGGCCCAGCAAGUGCAGAUGAGAGGCAGUGCAUUCGGCCAAUCCCAUCAAGUGCAUACGAGAGGCAGUGCAUUCGGCCAAUCCCAUCAAGUGCAGACGAGAGGCAGUGUAUUCGGCCAGGCCCAUCAGGUGCAGAUGACGGGCUGUGCAUUCGGCCAGGCCCAUCAAGUGCAGACGAGAGGCAGUGCAUUCGACCAGGCCCAUCAAGUACAGACGACAGGCCCAUCAGUGCAGAUGAGAGGCAGUGCAUUAAGCCAGGCCCAUCAAGUGAAGACGAGAGGCAGUGCAUUCGGCCAGGCCCAUCAAGUGCAGACGAGAGGCAGUCCGUUCGGCCCGGCCCAUCAAGUGCAGACGAGAGGCAGUCCGUUCAGCCCGGCCCAUCAAGUGCAGACGAGAGGCAAUCCGUUCUUCCCGGCCCAGCAAGUGCAGAUGAGAGGCAGUGCAUUCGGCCAAUCCCAUCAAGAGCAGACGAGAGGCAGUGUAUUCGGAAAGGCCCAUCAAGUGCAGAUGAGGGGCUGUGCAUUCGGCCAGGCCCAUCAAGUGCAGACGAGAGGCAGUGCAUUCGGCCAGGUCCAUCAAGUGCAGACGACUGGUAG